GUCACGCUAGCGCACCUGCGUCAUUGCCUGCUCUUCGAUAUUCAAUGAGCCCCACAUCACUUACAUCUACGACUCAAUGGCAUGCUCAUAACACCAGAUUUGCCGUGCCGACGGCCUGAAUAUCCAACACGAAUAUACGCACGACGUCAUGUCCACGAAAUCUGCUUUGAAGGCUGCGAAAGCCGCGAUCGAAUCGAAGAACUGGGAGGAAGCUAUCGACCAGGCGAACACGGUGCUUGAGAAGGAUCCUAACAACUACUUCGCAAAGCUCUUCUUGGGACGCGCCAAUGACGGUCAGAGCAAAUAUGACGACGCCGCGAAAGCAUACAACGAUGCAACAAAGAUCAAGCCUGAAGACCCGCAGGCAUGGCUUGGCCUGAGAGGCAUGUACGAGGGGCUGGGUGGGAGGAACGUCGACGAGAACAUCGAGGUUGGCCUUAAGUUGGCAGAGAUAUAUGCAAACAUCGACGACGCUCAUCGCAGCCAAUCUGCUAUCGACAAGCUCGUAGACCACGCCCGUAAGCACGGUACAAAGACACAGUACGCGCGUGCACUAGGUACCCAGCUGCCUUCAUCGCCGAUCUACUCCUACCUGGAAGGUCGCCUACCCCAACCUUCAGCAGUAUUGACGCGCAUCGCCGAGAUCCAUGAAACACAGGAGACAGCGGCGAUUAAGAAGCUCAUCGACGAGCGGCGCCUGCGUCUGGGUGCGACACUCGAAACCACCACAUCCAGCGUGAAGAACGAAGUGUACAGCCAGAGCCCGCUGGAAGGGAUAUACGAGGAGAUCAUCAACUGGACGAACGACGACGAGUUGAGACGAGAGUACGAGGAAAAGCUGUUGGAGCGUGUUUAUGAUACCCUGCUUGUGUUACCCGCAGGCGCGAAGGAGGAGAAGCGAGAGAAGGUCAUGAAGCUGGCGCACGACAUGGUAGUGAUCAAGCAUCCGUAUCAUCUCGCCUGGCAGAUUGAGCUGGAGUGGCGGUCAGGUCUGGAUGUGGAGGCGUAUUAGCUGGUACAGAAAGGGACACAGUAGGACUUGUUGGUUGAAAAGAGAUUAUAUUUAAUAAGC